UUUCCUCGCUCUGUUAUAAUCGGCUCGUCACACGGAACGGGUGUUCGCUGCGUUCGGUUCCAGGAGGUUUCUGAUUGGUGGCACUGAGUUUGUGUAUGGUGGAAGUAAAAUUUGGAACAUCAGCCCGUGGAUCAGAUUAGAUGCGGAAGAGUGCAGGAGUUUUCCCAGCAUUGGUCGGGAAAUUUGAGUGAAGAAGUGCACUGAUAUCAAUUGGUGGCGGAAGUGCUCUUGCAAAGUUUGACCUCUUCUCCGGAGGUUGAAAAACUAGGUCCCCCAGGAAAACUCUACUGCUGCCACUUGACUGUGCUGCGGUUGCUGGGUCACGGAAGCUGUGGUUUUUGCUGCUGCAGAUUUCAACCUCGGUGAGCAUUUCCCCACUGACAAAACAAAGAUAAGCGUUAUUUGCUGGGCCGAAGUGAGUGGGUAGUGAAAAUCUUCGCUGAUGCUGUGUUAGCUGGAUUGAAUGUGCUUUUUGUGGCUUUGUUCUGCUUUUCAUCGCAAAUGAGAUGAUUUUGGCGUUGGUAUGAUUAAGAGGAUUGCAAGAGAACGUCUCGUGUUAAAAAGGAAAUCUGGUGAAGUCAUAGUCAUUUAUUAUAUUGAGUGAACUGUAUCUAAAUCAAGUGAAAAAGAUAGCCUGUUCUGACGAAUUGUGCGGAUUGUGCAUUUUCCCCGAAAACAUUCAACCAGGUUUUGGGGCCUCCGAUGCACAUAAACCAACACACCAGCAGAGGUAAAACGCUUCUACCCAGAGAUGGUGCAAGCAUACAACUUUGACUACGUCAUAGAGUUAGUGGCAUAAGAAGAGAGAGAUACAGAGAGAGCACGUUGUCGAAUAAAGUGAGCAACAGACUUCCCUGAAGUAGUGACGUCGUCACAACCCGUUGCGUGAAUAUAUCGUGCUGGUUACUCAAAAGCGUGCGUGGAGUUCGGAACGUGAAGUGAAUAAUCAGGAAAUUUAUCCUGCCGAUGAGCAGUGAGCAAAAGAAAUAGUGAGAGGUGUGUGUGUGAAGUGGCUUGUAGAAGAGCCGAUUGAAGCGGGAUUCAAUUUGUUGGAGAACGAAACCCAGGAAGAGGAAUAUAUCGAGGAGGAACUAACGGGAAGGCGUACGCCAGUGGGUGAACAAUUUUGGCCGAAAAGGAAAAUGGUGCCAAGGUCACCGUGACUUUGAGCGCUUGUUGAGAGGAAAUGAAAGUUGAUUUACACCACAACAGUAACAACACCUCGUCGCCACAUUUCUGGAUUGGUGCACUCUGGUGUACAUUCGGUGUCAUCAUAUUUGGAGCUGUGGCCGUAAUUUCAUGUUGGAUAAAAAGAUGCAGAUCCAGCUACCGUCGCAAAAAGAGAAAGAUGCGACGAGCGCAAUCAGCGGCCGAGUUCAACGAACCUCGAACAGAAGUGCCAACAGUCACAGCGGCCAGCAAACGAAUGCUGUUCAGAGGCCGCUCGGUCAGCUCGGACCACGACAACAACUCCGAAUCGGAACAUUCCGAACGGUCCCCGCUGGUCAGUGCCAAACUGGACUCGCUGGCCAAGCUGCUCUUCAGCCGAAGUUUGCUCCAGGAUGCAACCGGCAGCUCGUCCGCCAAAGACAACGAAUCGCCGACAAGGAACAAUGUUCGCUACCAGUACACCGCUCUGGACAGCGGUAUCGGAGCACCGGAUCGGAGUCCUCGGGAGCGGGCGGCACGGGAUCGAGCCUUCACGGCCUGCCAGGAAUGGCUGCAGCACUCGGGAGGCCGAUACGAAGCGAUAGCACACCUAGAUGACAUCGGGUCACGCUCGAACAAGCACUGGUUUCUGCUGAAUGAUUGCACGAUACGAACCGAUCGUCUGAUGACGCUGCUUCCAUUACCUCCCGAUUGCAUUGCCUUAGAGGAGCUGCCGCCGUCCGAGUGUCCCCAGGGCGUCCUGAUGGAGCUGCUCGGUUCGCUACAGCAUCCGUACAUCUAUCCCGUGUUAGAUUUAGGCUUUUUCCCGACCGAUUCCCACCAUUACGCGUGUCUCGUGAUGCCCUUCAAUCAGCGUGGCAGCCUGAAGGAUCUCAUUUAUAAGUCCCAGUGGAACGAACCGUGGAGUCGGAAGUAUACAAGGAAGUCCACCUGCUUGCCACUGUCCCAGGUGCAACGAUUAGGACGUCAAAUUUUAGAGGCUUUGUUAUUUCUUAAGGAACGAGGCAUUCCAUCGCACGGUCAUUUGCAUAGCGGAAACGUUAUCCUUCAGAAUGGCGUUGCCAGAUUAUCGGGUCUAGAAAACGGUUUGCUCGGACUGAGCUCGCGAGUGAAUGCCGUGGUGUGGGCCCGCACGGCUCCGGAUAUUGACAACAUCGACGUCAUCUGCUUCGGCCACUUGCUGUUCGAGAUGUGCGCCGGCUACGAGCUUUCCUCGCCCCAGCCGACCCCAGGACACUAUCAGCUGGAUCUGGAGCGCUAUCCACAGGUCGUUGACGUGCUGCAGAUGAUAUUCGAAUCCCCGGACGGGCGCUACCCGACAGUCGAAGAACUGGUCCUUUGUGAUAUAUUUCGCAAUAUCGAUUUAAGAGAACUGCGAGGAACAUGUGUGCCUUCCUUCAAACAUGGUUUGAGUAGCUCUACGUUGAGUCUGUUGAACGCCGUUCGCCGACGACAGGGUGCGAUACUAAGUGGAUCAUACAGCGAAGGCAGCUCGCCAUGCACUCCACCGUCAACACCACGUGAGCGGAAAACCGGUGAUGUAGAAUCCUCCGAUCUGUCUAGUAGUGAUUCCGAAGAUCUGUUAGAUGAAAUAGUUAUAGCAUCAGCCCGUAUCGACGAUCCCGCCCAUUACGACCCACUGAGCUCGCCGAUACAUUACUGUGACAAUAACGUUCAGUCGGACGAUAACAGCAAUAGUAAUACAAUCAUUCGUAUAGAUUCGAUCGAGUCCCAGGGCUCAACGUCGUCGUCCGCUGGCUCGAUACAACUACAACAGUUGAAUCCAUCAUCUGCGUGCAAGAACCUCAAGUCACGCCGAAUGGAAUACAGCCGCCGAGGAAUGAUCCUCGGCCUCAGCAAUCCCUCUCAGGAUUCCGCCUUUGGCUCAAUGACCGACGGCGAAUCUUCCCGAGCGUCCAGCUUUAAACUUAGCAGCUUUGCAUCGAUGAAUUCGCCGAUUGACGAAGGGGUUGAAGAUCUACUGGUUGAAAACGGAACAGAAACCAUUGCUACCACCAUGGCUGGACUGAAGUACAUCGAUUCAACGGGCUCCUCACCUUGCCAUGAUGAUCAUGCUAGCAUAUCACCCAGGGACAGUCAACCAGGGCCGUCAUCUUCUCGGGAUAUCUCACCGAAUCAUUCAGCUCGAUACCUAGAACCUCCAAAACUAGUGAUAAACAAUCAUUCAUCUACAACGACCAACGCCUCGCUAUGCUAUACAUCAUCACCGCUACGUAAAUGUGCCACAACGGAAGUAUUCUCUCAGAAAUACAGGGUAUCUUCAUUCGAAGACAUGUCCUAUUCGUCCCGCACGGCCAAUAAAUCUAUUAAAAACAGCACUCGUAAGAUUUUCCGUUCAUUUGAAGAAGAACGCCGCAUCGAUACCGCAUUCAUGCCCAUCGAAACUAGUUCAGCCCAACAUACCGGGCGCCAAGGUCAGAACCAAUUACAUCCUAAGAAGACUCGUCAACAGUCCACAUCGACGCUACAUCAUCAGCUAUCGCUACCCCCAACGUUGACACCGACCUCUCCAAAACAACUCGUUACCCCCGCUCAGUACAAUCAACUAACGAAGAAAAAGAAUGCUUCGUUCCAAAAUCUCCAAAGCUUAGCUGCUGCCCGAGACAAAACGUACCAGUGGCGAACUAAGCUCAUCAAGUCCAACGAAUGUCUGUUCGAAACGUCCUUCAAUAUGUCUCCCUCGUCAACGACUCAGAGUGAGAUCGACCGACUACUCAGCCAUGGAAGCUCAACCCACGAACUGGCCACUACUUCCGCAGCUACAACAGGGGCAGAGAUUGAACGAUUCAUCCUCACUCCCGAGCCGGUUGUUAUGAACCCUCGACGAACACGGGCUGAUCGACAGCAACUGUUCAGCUUGGCCAAGUUCAAGCACAGCACCAUCCUGGACAGUAUCUCACUGGAAAACCUAUCCGAAGAAGGUAAACGGGAAAGUGAUCCAACCGUCAGCAGUACCUCGAACUGUUCAACCAAGAGCUGUUCCUGGGAUGAUCGCACCGAGAUCGAGGCGCGUAAGCUGGAGAACUCUUCUACCGAUGACACCAGCAGUGAUCAGGACAGUAGCAGUGUGACCGAUUCGCUUCUUCGAUCUCCAAUUAGCAGGCACGAUCAGCGAAGCCGCGGAAGUGGCAGUAGCAGUGCGGCCGAAGUCCGGAAGUAUCUCGAUGACACUGCUGGCAGUGACGGAGGCUUCGGCAGUGGCAACGAGGAGAAGACGCCCCUUCUCGAGGGCAUGGAACUGUCCCCGAUCUCACCUACUGAGUCGGAACAAAUGUUGUGAUAAUAUAGUAGUAGCUCCGUAAACUAUUUUUCUACCGAUUUUAAUUCAGUUUGAUAUGAGGUACUAGUGUCUAAGCGAGGAGAGAGCGAGUAGCGAAACAAUUCGAAUAUUAGGCGGAAAUCGGUGAUCCGUAUAGGGCGGUAGAGAAACGACGAAAGGGAAACGAAGAAAAUACAGGUCUUUUAGGGAAACUUUUAGUCAAAUAUUCUUCGAACGUAACCAUUGUAGCACGCGGAAACAAUAUGAUUCAACGACAACUGGUAGCUCAAUUUUACCGAAUUAAGACUCCGCAUUAGUCGCGAAUGUUUAGGAGGAAACGUUUUAAAGGAAACUAAAUAGUCUCUUUAACAAAUAUCACAUAAAAUCUCUGAUUUUUUUUUUCAAGUACAAUUCAAUAGGACAACAAAAUCACUAGCUAAAAGAAUCAAGUUAACUGAUUAG